AUGAUCAGUGAUGAAGAAGAAGUUCCCCGCAUACAAGCAGCUGAGGGUUCACGCCCUCCGAUUCUGGUCAAGUGGUGGGAUGACAACAUGCAGCCUCAUGGGAUCGUGAUAAAUAAGCAAAAAGAGGACGAAGAGUUAUGCCUACUGAAGAAGGCACUUGGUCAGGCAACCCUAAUCAAUGUAGUGCAAGCUGCCAAGAUAUCUCAGUUCGAGAAGCAAAUUCAAACUCUGGAAAACGACAAGGCAGAACUGGCAAGACAAAAAGACCUGGCUUUAAAGGAAGUUGAAGACCGCAAGAUCAAAUCUCAAGCUCAAUUCGACGUCCUAGUUGGCAAGAUCAAAAAACUUGAAGGAGCCCGGGAUGAGGUUGCUAACGCUGCUGCCCCAAUAGUUCAAGCGAUGUUCCUCAAUAACAACGGCCCUAGUGCACUUGAUGCUUCUGAAAUUUUCGACAAGCUGAGAGUUGCUCCGGAUAUAUAUUUCAAGAACAUCAAAGAAGCUGGAAGUAUGGGAGCAAGCAUGGCAUUGGCGAUGACUAAAUCCCUUUAUCCGAGAGUUGAUAUUGACGCCAUUGAUGGCUUUGCAGACGGGACGAGCGAAGAAGCUGCUCUUGACCUCAUCAGUAAUGCGCAGAAAGCGGCUGACAAAAUUGCUGCUGAUGUAGUUGAGAGAUUUCAGGACACCGAUCUUCGACCGACUGGUCUUGAUAUUUCUGAUGAUGAAAAGACUGAUACUGAUUAAUGUACUGAUAAUCUUGAUGAUUAAUAAUGAUGGAGGCACAAUUUGUACAAUACUGAUGAAUUUAUGCUGUGCUUGAUAUCUUAACUUA